AUGGUGGUUGUCCACUCGUGGCAUAUGUCGUCUGAUGGGCCCGUGGGUGAUAUACCACCUUCAGAAUGGCAUUCCGUUCGACCAUGGUCGCCCCGCUUGUCCCUCUCCGUGCGCGAAAUCACCUCCGUUUCGGCCACCUUCAUACUUUCAUCCACUUUCUCGGAUCGCGGCGAACAGGAUCUUCUACUGGAAUCACUUGGCAUUGGCCCGGAUGAUGAAUUCGAAGACCAUAUAGUAGAUGUGGACGACGGUCGCGCGAUCAUCUCAGACGCCCUCGCCAAGGGCCUGUCGGUAAACGUCAAUGGGAAUCCGUGGUCGAAGGUGAUCUUCCAUAUAGACGACAAGUCGGACGAGGCUAUCAUCAUUAUCUACGCGUUGAUGCCCGGCAGGCAGUACGAUAUAGAUCUAGGACUUGUCAACGGAGGGCAAAGUUUACGGAGACAAGUGGUUACGGAAGUGCCGAGUCAUUCCCCCGAAUUUGACCACAUCCCCUCUCCGGAAGCAAGUCUGCCUACGCCUUCUACGCCCACUAACCCUACCGUGCAAACGUAUGCCUCAAUAACGCUCGAGGAGCGUCUUGCGCAAUUGCAACAUACCCUCUCUACGCUAACCGCGGAACACGAAACCCUCACCACUAACUUCAAAGCCGCUCGUCGCGAUGCGCAGAAGGCAGACGCCACACUGCGGUCGGAAAUCGAUGGACUCAAGCGUGCCACCGAGAAGAACGCUGUUUCCGAGCAUCGUGCGCGCCAAAAGGUUCUCGCUCUACAAGAAGCCGUCAAACGUGCUCAGGCUGCCACGGUAGACAUCCAAAAUGCCGUCCAGGAAGUCGAGGAGGCGCUGCCCGCGUUGAGGGAGCAAAAGAAAUGUAAGGAGGAGGACCACGCGAAGGUGAAGGAAGCGGCUGAUCGGGCGAGGAGGGAGGUAGAGAAGGAAAAUAAGAGGGAGAAGAAAAGAGUCGAGGCGCUGAAGAAUGAGCUUGCUGGGCUCGGUCACAGGAUGGACAAGCUGAAUGGGAAGAAGGAAAAAUUGGAGAAUGCGAUACCUGACUUGGAAGAGCAGCUCAGGGAAGUAGAAAAGGAGAUCGAGCAGAUUGAGAUGGAUCCUUACGGGCCGCUGAAUUACGUCGAAGAGAACGACGUGCCUCCGCCAACUUCGGAGCAGCGCAGUCGACAGGCUUCACCCGGCGUUAUUGGGAGACCCUCGCAGACAUCGGUCCAACGACCGACUUGGACUCCUUCCCGCUCAUCUCGGCGCUCCUCCAUUAAUUCAAGCAACCCUCUUCUCCCAUUAUCUGCCCCGCGUACACCCGCACAGCCAAGUCCAUCCCAACAACCCCAUUCCCGACAAACACAAUCUCAUCACCGCUCCCAUUCAGGUGGCUCCAUAACGCAAAUCCUCCAGACUCCCCAAAUAUCCCCAAACCACGGCCCAUUAGCUUCAACGUCCACGUUAUCCAGCAAAGCGCCGCCAUUUGAGCCUGGUAGGCCAAUUCGCGGUUUAUCGUUGAAUACUUCGCAUUCGAGCUCGAGUUCUCAUCCUGCGCCGAUACAACGGCCCACCCGUAAUAUACACGGCAGCAAGGACUCGCUGAAUAGUAGUUCCUCAAGAUGA